AUGGAGAUGGAUGUUAAGGGAGUUUCUCAGUGCCCAGAGCCCAUCCCCCACUCGCAGGGGUCUGGAGGCUGUCAGCAGCAGCAGCAGCAGCAACAGCAGGAUGGGCAGGCAGGGGAAAGUGCAACUGCUAGUGACAGUAAUAAUCCAGAGAAGAGGCAAAACAGUGAGAAAGAAGACAAAAAGAGGUCAACAGCCAGCAAGACUUCAGGUGCUCCUUCAUAUAGCAGAUGGUCCAGCUCACAGCCACAUCAGUCCAGCUCCACAGUGAGAACGUACCAAAACAGUAAAUCAAGAGUGACCAUGAGCCCUGGCUUUAGCUCACAGUGGAACAGCAGCCAACCUGCUUGGAACACAUACACCUUUCCAAGAGCAAGCUUGCACUACCAGUCCCAUGCCAGCUACACCUACUGUGCUGGACACCCUGCUCAGUCCUAUGCACCUGCUCCCCACCCCAUGGCUCCUCCCAGCCCCAGCACAAACAGCAGCAACAACAGCAGCAACAACAGCAGUGGGGAACAGUUGAGUAAAACCAACCUGUACAUUCGAGGCCUUCCACCCGGCACCACUGACCAGGACCUAAUCAAGCUCUGCCAGCCGUAUGGGAAAAUUGUAUCCACAAAGGCAAUUCUUGACAAAAACACAAAUCAGUGCAAAGGCUAUGGUUUUGUAGAUUUUGACAGUCCAGCAGCGGCACAGAAAGCGGUAGCAUCUCUUAAAGCAAAUGGCGUUCAGGCCCAGAUGGCAAAGCAACAAGAGCAAGACCCAACUAAUUUAUACAUCUCAAAUUUACCCAUUUCCAUGGAUGAGCAGGAACUGGAGAAUAUGCUGAAACCCUUCGGACAUGUCAUUUCCACCAGAAUAUUAAGAGAUGCUAAUGGAGUCAGCAGAGGAGUCGGCUUUGCCAGAAUGGAGUCUACAGAAAAAUGUGAAGUAGUAAUUCAACAUUUUAAUGGCAAAUAUCUAAAAACUCCACCUGGUGUACCAGCCCCCACUGAGCCUUUGCUGUGCAAAUUUGCUGACGGAGGGCAAAAGAAGCGACAGAAUCAAAGCAAAUACACACAGAACGGAAGGCCGUGGCCAAGAGACGGAGAGGCUGGCAUGGCUUUGACCUAUGAUCCAACAGCUGCUAUACAGAAUGGAUUUUAUUCCUCACCGUACAGUAUUGCAACAAACCGCAUGAUUCCACAGACAUCUAUCACGCCAUUCAUUGCUGCUUCCCCUGUCUCUACAUAUCAGGUCCAGAGUACUUCGUGGAUGCCUCAUCCGCCAUACGUUAUGCAACCAACAGGUGCUGUGAUAACGCCAACAAUGGACCACACUAUGUCAAUGCAGCCAGCAAGCAUGAUGGGCCCUCUGACCCAACAGAUGAAUCACCUUUCCUUGGGCACAACAGGAACGUAUAUGACUGCUGCUGCACCUAUGCAAGGGACCUACAUUCCCCAGUACACUCCUGUGCCUGCAACAGCUGUCCCCAUUGAAGGUGUCGUUGCUGAUACUUCUCCACAGACAGUAGCAUCUUCAUCACAGGAAGCCGGUGGUCAACAGCAACAGAUGACAGUGGAAACAUCCAGUGAACAUGCACCUGCAUAUUCUUACCAACAGUCUAAGUAA